CUUAGACCUCGCAUACUUCCCUCCUCCAGCUCCUCAUCCUCCUCGUCUUCCUCGUCGUCGACCUUCCUUCGACUCAGGUGCGAUAAUCUCGCUAACUAUUCUCGAAAUUGGAAGCCUCCGUUUACAUUUGAGAACGAACAGUAGAGCAUACAGGACCAAUGCCUGCGCCUGAAAGCUGGGCGGCCAUCGACUCGCCGCGCGUCGGGACUUUGAGCGAAGUUUCUGAAGAUAGUAUUAGUGUCGUGUCAGUGCCAGGACGAGGAAGCCCGGGGCCGAGGUCGCCAUAUUAUCAUGCCGCGUUAUCAGGUUCAACAUCCACUUUCAAAGCACCGGCGGCGGCUACACUCAGCACGACCAGCCUCGGUACGGCCAUGACGAGCACCUCGUCGCGCACUCCAGCUGGACCAAGGAGUCCCUCCGUUACGGUACGCCCAGCAACAUCACGAUCUGCUAGCGACACGAGUUCGAAUGCAGCGAACGGCCGAAGUACCCCUGCGGUGCGUGGCCCUGGGACGCCGAGGCCAGAGUCUCCCGUGCCCUCGAAGGGCAAGGAGAGGGAUGGAGAGAAGGAGAGAGAGGGUCAGAGGGAAAAGCCGAGAGACAGAGAGAGGGACAGAGAGAAAGGGAGGGACCGAACAGGGAGAAAUACGAAGAGCGUUGCGAACGCGGGUCCCCCAGUACCCCGGAUCCGGAAUACGCCUCACCUCCCACACGCAAAAGAUGUCGAGUUUGCGCCGGCGACGCUCAUGUACUGGAGUCGCGCGCCAGUAUAUGGCUUUCUUCCGCAACAUGGUGUACGCGCGCACAGCGUGACACUCGUCGACAACGUCGCAUGGCUGUUCGGCGGGUGCGACGAGAAGGGCUGUUGGCGGGACAUCUAUCUGUUCAACACCGAGACGAUGCAGUGGUCCCAUCCACAGAUGGUCGGCGACAUCCCGCCUCCAUGCCGCGCGCACACCGCAACACUGGUGGACCGGCGAAUCGUGGUGUUCGGCGGAGGCGAAGGCCCCGCAUACUACAAUGAUGUAUACGUGCUCGACACAGUCAGUCGGCGGUGGACGCACAAGGUCUUCCCAGAUGACACACCGCUGCCGCCGCCUCGGCGUGCGCACACGGCGGUGCUUCACAAGGGGAAGGUGUGGGUGUUCGGCGGGGGAAAUGGGAUGGAGGCUCUGAACGAUCUGUGGACACUCGACUGCAGCGGAUCCACGGAACGGAUGCGGUGGGAGCAUGUCGAGACGCGGGGACGGAAGCCGAUGCCUCGUGGGUACCACACUUCGAACCUUGUCGGGAACGUGAUGGUCGUCAUCGGUGGGAGUGACGGGCGCGAGUGUUUCUCGGACAUCUGGUGCCUCAACCUCGAUACACUCUGGUGGAGUCAGCCGAAGCUCGAGACCUCGUACCGCCGCUUGUCGCACACGUCGACGCAGGUCGGCUCGUAUCUGUUCAUCAUGGGUGGUCACGACGGUAGCCAGUACACGUCCGAACUGCUCCUAUUCAACCUCGUUGCAUUGAGCUUCGAGCCGCGUACGACGGCGGGAAAGCCGCCCUCGCCGCGCGGGUACCACGUCUCCUUCCUCGCGGACAGCCGGCUGUUCAUCUUCGGGGGCUUCAACGGGAACGAGGUAUUCGACGACGUGCACCUGCUCGACCUCGCCGGCGCCGCAUACCUGCCACAGGUGACGAGCUUCCGCAUAGACGUCUGAUAUUAUACAGGGAGGCUGCUGCUUACGCUAUUACACGCGGCGCCUUACACUGGGGCUCGGGCGUUAAUUAUGCUGUUCGUUCGGUCGUUGUAUAUAUACCACAGUAAGGGCAGUCAUAAUCUCUGUUGUAACUGACUUGUUGGUCCGUUCAAAUCUUGUGCAUGCAG